CUCGAGUCGUCGUCUCUCUGCUCCGGUCUCCGGAGAAAAGCGAAACAGCACCCAGCAGCCAACCCCACACGCCAAUUCGGAAUCCUUUCCCCCUUCCGCCUCCCACCUCCGGCGCAUCGUCCCCCGCGAUCCCGCCGCGCGACUGCCGCCUGCGUCCCCCGAUCGUCCACCUUCCUGCCGAGGGCUAGCGGGCGCGCAGAGGAGGACAUUUCCUGCGGGAGGAGGAUGUGCAACUAAUCUGCAGCAGCAGCUCAGACUGUAUCAUUCUAUCUUUUGACAUGGCUGAGGGGGCAAGGUUUCAUGGUAUGAUUGGCGGUGGUGGCAGAAAGGAGAUGCAAGGAAACCAGUUCGAUGGCUUCCACAACAUGCCCUACUAUCACAAGAUCGACGAAGGCUCCCACAUGUCGGUGGACAGCACCGACAACUACAACCUGUCCAACUAUGCCGGUGGCUCCGUCACCAUGAUGUCGGUGGGUGGCGACAGCAGCGUGGCCUCGAACGAGUCCCGCACGGUCAUACUUAAGCACCCGGGCCUCCGUGAUGCCCCGACCGCGAGCUACUCGGUCGGCAGUAGCGUCUUCCGCCCCAACCGUGUGGCCGCGCACACGCUCAACGAGGAUGCGUUGGCCAGGGUCUUGAUGGACCCGAACCAUCCGACCGAGAUACUCAGUAAGUACCAGCAGUGGGCCAUUGAUCUGGGGAGGUUGGACAUGGGGGUUCCUUUCGCGCAAGGGGCCUUUGGGAAGCUGUACAGGGGGACAUACAUUGGCGAGGAUGUUGCCAUUAAGCUGCUGGAGAAGCCUGACAACGACACAGAGAGAGCGCAAUCGUUGGAACAGCAGUUUGUGCAAGAAGUUAUGAUGUUGUCCACGCUGAGGCACCCGAACAUUGUAAGGUUCAUAGGGGCUUGCAGGAAGUCAAUCGUGUGGUGCAUUGUUACUGAGUAUGCAAAAGGUGGCUCGGUCCGGCAGUUCCUGGCAAGAAGACAGAACAAGCUGGUACCUUUGAGGCUGGCUGUCAAACAAGCGUUGGAUGUAGCUCAGGGAAUGGCCUAUGUGCAUGCCUUGGGAUUUAUACACAGGGAUCUAAAGUCAGAUAAUCUUCUGAUUGCAGCAGACAGGUCCAUUAAGAUUGCCGACUUUGGAGUUGCUCGUAUCGAAGUGAAAACAGAGGGGAUGACACCAGAGACAGGAACCUACCGCUGGAUGGCACCGGAAAUGAUUCAGCAUCGACCUUACGAUCAUAAAGUUGAUGUCUACAGCUUCGGGAUCGUCCUGUGGGAGCUUAUAACUGGCAUGCUUCCUUUCACAAACAUGACAGCAGUUCAGGCUGCUUUUGCUGUCGUAAACAAGGGUGCUCGUCCCGUGAUCCCACAAGAUUGCCUACCUUGCCUGAGCCACAUCAUGAUGCGCUGCUGGGACGCGAACCCUGAGGUCCGCCCACCAUUUACUGAGAUCGUCAGCAUGCUUCAGAACGCGGAGGUGGAGGUCAUGAGCCAUGUCCGUAAAGGACGCUUCCGCUGCUGUGUCGCUGAACCCAUGACCACCGACUGAGAUUAUAGCAGGGUAGAUGAUCGCACUGGGGAUUAGAGAACAAAAGCAGGGAAGAAUCAAGAAUGAGGCGAUCUCAUUGAAUUCAGUGGUGCCUAGUAGGCUUUAUCAGUGUGCAUUCUGUCUUGUGUAAGUUGCACACCUCAAGUAAAUGUAAUCUCUUCUGAAAUAUC